GGAAAGUCAAGAGUCAAGUCAGGCUAGCGACAAUUCAAUUCAGCGCGUCACUGAAGGCUCUGAUCGGCACCACAUCAUAGCGUGUUGAUCCAUCCCGCAUUAGUCACCUUAAAAAUCCACACGCAUACCCGAGUCCUGAGUAAAAUUUGUACAACACACCCCAGCGUUUGACGCUCCUAGUCCUCCUCCGUCUUUAUCAUUCCCUCUUCCACUGCCGGACCAGUGCUCGAGCCGAGGAGGUUCACAAUGGACGUCCUGCUCUCUGCAGUCGUUGGCGACCUCUUCGGCAGGUCGGCAUCCUUCGUGAUCAACAGAUACUUCCAGCGGCAGCCCGGCAUCGACAUGAUUCUCCAGAGGCUGGAGAGAGUAGUACUGAGAAUCGACACCGUUGUCGAGGAGGCAGAGGGGCGGCACAUCACCAACCAAGGGAUGCUCCGUCAGCUCAAGAUGUUGAGGCAAGGGAUGUACAGAGGCCACUAUGUUCUUGAUGCCUUGACAUUCCAAGCCCCUGACGAUGAGGAGGAGGAGGAGGAGGAGGUCAGCCACUCAUCGUCUGCGCUCACCAAUGUAACUCCAGCCAAACGGCUUCGUUUCUCUCAGGCUGGCAGCAGUACUAGUAACAGAGAAGAACUGUUGUUUGGUGUAAACAGCAACGUACGAGAAGAGCUGCAGCGGAUGGUUGAUACCCUUGAAGACACCAUGGCUGGUAUGAAAGAAUUUCUUUUCUUCUUGCAGUCGUGUCCUCCGAUACUCCGCCAACCUUAUGGCGCAUAUUUGCUCUUGGACAAUUGCAUGUUUGGUCGCCAAUCAGAACGGCAACGGGUCCUGGAUUUCUUGCUGCGUCCCAGUGCUGCUCCAGAUUUGGCUGUACUUCCAAUUGUUGGUCCAAUAAGAGUAGGGAAGACCACUCUUGUUGAGCAUAUUUGCAGGGAUGAGAGUGUGCGUGAUCGUUUCUCAAUGAUCCUCUUCUUUCCAGAAGGCAGCCUCAAGGAUGAAGGAGUGAUCGACCUGAAAGGGGAAAAUAUUAAUGGUCUAGUCAAACAUCGGGAUUGUGCUUCUUCAAACAUGUUGCUGAUUAUUGUUGAAAUAGGUGAGGACAUUAACAAGGAAGCAUGGAGAAGGCUGAAAUCUUCCACGACACGCAUGACACCGCGUGGUGGGAGUAAAAUUAUAAUCACAAGUCGUUCUGGAAGAAUUGUUAAUCUAGGAACAACCGAAACACUUCGGCUGGACUAUCUCCCUCCAGAAGCUUAUUGUCACUUUUUCAAAUCAAUUGCAUUCGGAAGCACAAACCCUAAUGAGCACCCAAAACUGGCAACAAUGGCUAUGGAGAUCGCUUUGGAACAGAGACAAUGUUUCACAGGCGCGCAUCUUGUUGCUGGGAUACUGAGAGAUAACUUCAAUGCUCGAUUUUGGCGCACAAUUCUUGAAUGCGUGAGAGCAUAUAAACAGACAAAUCUCCUUAUGUUUGAAAAGCACCCAAACCUUCGUUUGCGGGAAGAUGAACCAGUGUACUAUUGGAGAUUGGCGAAGAGCCGCAGAUAUUUCUUGAUUUGCAACUAUCAUCCGUCAGAUUCCUCCAGUGAGGAAGUCCCCAAGAUCAGUGUGCGGGACAUCCUCUUAGGAUGUACACUACCUCAUGGGGAAUUUGAGGCUCUUGCAUGGAGGUCUCGCAUACCACCCUACUACAACUACACAAUAAGCUGUAAGAUGCAAGCGCCAGAACCUAAGGUUGGAAGAAAGAAGCGCAUGCCUCAGGACGAAGGACAUUUGAGUUGAGUAACAUACUGCCUGUGGCUCACAUUAUGUAUGCUACCACAUUGUCUUGCGAAUUGGGAAACAUUAUUGUGGUUUUACUUCAAGAGUCUAGCCAAGUUAGUUAACAUGUACUGUCUGUUAACGUGUAAGCGUGGAGGAGUCCUAUCCUACUCCUACUAGUAUAAAUGUUUGCAUGUCGAGUACACUCUGCUUGUGUUUGGCUAAGUACUUUCAGAGUCAAGGCAAUGGAGUCCAAAACGAGUUGUAUUUAGAAAGUUAGAUCCGCAUCUUAUCGAAGGUGCUAUAUAUUGUACCCAAGCCUUGUAAUAAUCCUUGAACAUGGAGAAAAGAGUAGAGAAAAUUAUCGCGUGCGUGCGUACGUGUAGUUUGAUCUUUGGCAAAAGCCAAUAAGUUUCAAUUCCUCUGACACCCCGAAACACACAGCUUGGUAUCUACUCCCUCCGUUCCUAAAUAUAAGUCUUUUUAGAGAUUCCAAUAUGGACUACAUAUAGAGCAAAAUGAGUGA